AUGGUGGCCGAAGGAUUAAUACACGAUCCAAAUGAUCCUGAGUUACUCGAAGCAAUGAAAUAUUUGGCUUUACCAGCUGAAGAAAAAAUCAAACUUCGAUCUCAACCAUUCGAUGCUAAAAAAGCAUGUUGGGUACCUGAUCCAAAGGAAUCGUUUAUUGCUGCUGAAAUUGAAAGCACAAAAGAUAAUCAAGUUACAGUUAAAACUUGUAAAGGAGAAUCACGAACAGUGAAAAAAGAUGAUGUUCAGGAAAUGAAUCCACCAAAAUACUGGUGUCUUGAUGAUAUGGCUGAUUUAACUUAUUUGAAUGAUGCUUCAGUUUUAGCUACUUUACGUGAUCGUUAUGGACGAUGGCUUAUCUAUACAUAUUCAGGAUUAUUUUGUGUUGUCAUUAAUCCUUAUAAACGUUUACCAAUUUAUAAUAUGAAAGUAGUACUUGCAUAUCGUGGUAGAAAACGUACUGAAGUUGCACCACAUUUAUAUGCUAUCUCUGAUACUGCUUAUUCAAAUAUGCUUCGAGAUCGUGAAAACCAAUCGAUGUUAAUCACAGGUGAAUCAGGUGCUGGUAAAACCGAAAAUACGAAAAAAGUCAUCCAAUAUUUUGCAUUGGUCGCUGCAGCUGGUACUAAAAAAGAAGACGAGGGAAAGAAAACAAUGACACUUGAAGAUCAAAUUGUAUCAGCUAAUCCUGUAUUGGAAGCUUAUGGUAAUGCAAAAACUACUCGUAAUAACAACUCAUCUCGUUUUGGUAAAUUCAUUCGUAUUCACUUUGGUCCAUCGGGUAAAAUUGCUGGUGCCGAUAUUGAAGUAUAUUUACUGGAAAAAUCUCGUGUAAUCUUUCAACAACCAGGUAAAAUUUAA